CCAUCAUGUCAUUCUCAGCGAGCCACAGGAUAUACGUCAAAUCACUCUAUAAGCGUUAUUUGAAGCAAGGAUUGGAUUGGUACAUUCGUCGCGAUCUCUGGAGAGACUACGCUAUUGAAAUUAGAGCCAAAUUUGAAGCUAAUAGAAAUAUAACUAAUCCACGUCAAUUGGCUAAAGUUCUCGAGCAAUUCGAGCAAAAGUUGGCAUACCGCAAGCACCCAGAUCCAUACAUCCCUGUAUUGAUGCCAGGUGGUACAAAAGUUGAACGUAAUGCACCACCACCUAUGUUCUCAGCUGAAGAAAAGAAACAAGUCAUUGACACUCUCAAAGCGGACAAGGUUAUCUCAUGAAGAACUAAUUGUAGAUUUUGAUUAAUUUCUCUCCUUUAUUUC